UCCCUCCGCCUUCCUCCCUCCCUCCCUCUCUCUCCUUCCCUGCGAGCCGCCGUUCACUUACCGCCUCCCUUCCUUCUUUCUCCCUCCGCCACCCGAGCACCAGCCGCGCUCUGAGCUGCCCCCGGGGUCCCUCCCCCGCCGCCAGAGGAGCAGCUGCCGCCGCCGCCAGCAGCAAAUUAGGAGGGAGGAAGGAGUGGAGGAAGGGAGGGGAGCCGGAGCGACUAUCCAGAGGGAGCUGGUGAAUGGGCUUGUGGUGACCCCCGCCCCCCACCCCACCCUCCCUUCCCACCCGACCCCCAACCCCCAUCCCCAGUUUAGAGCCGCCGCCCGAGAGUCCGGCCCCGUCGUCUUAGAAGGAGUCGCCGCCACCACCUCCGCCAUGGAACUGAUCACCAUACUCGAGAAGACCGUGUCUCCGGAUCGACUGGAACUGGAAGCAGCGCAGAAGUUCCUGGAGCAUGCGGCCGUGGAGAACCUGCCCACUUUCCUUGUGGAACUGUCCAGAGUGCUGGCAAAUCCAGGAAACAGUCAGGUUGCCAGAGUUGCAGCUGGUCUACAAAUCAAGAAUUCUUUGACAUCUAAAGAUCCAGACAUCAAGGCACAGUAUCAGCAGAGGUGGCUUGCGAUUGAUGCUAAUGCUCGAAGGGAAGUCAAGAAUUAUGUUUUACAGACUUUGGGCACAGAAACUUACCGGCCUAGUUCUGCCUCCCAGUGUGUGGCUGGUAUUGCUUGUGCAGAGAUCCCGGUGAACCAGUGGCCGGAACUUAUUCCUCAGUUGGUGGCCAAUGUCACAAACCCCAACAGCACAGAGCACAUGAAAGAGUCGACAUUGGAAGCUAUUGGUUACAUUUGCCAAGAUAUAGACCCAGAGCAGCUUCAGGAUAAAUCCAAUGAGAUCCUGACUGCUAUAAUCCAGGGGAUGAGGAAAGAAGAGCCUAGUAAUAAUGUGAAGCUAGCUGCUACAAAUGCACUCCUGAACUCCCUGGAGUUCACCAAAGCAAACUUUGACAAAGAGUCUGAAAGGCACUUUAUUAUGCAGGUGGUCUGCGAAGCCACACAGUGUCCAGAUACAAGGGUUCGAGUGGCUGCCUUACAAAAUCUGGUGAAGAUAAUGUCCUUAUAUUAUCAGUAUAUGGAGACAUAUAUGGGCCCAGCUCUUUUUGCAAUCACAAUUGAAGCAAUGAAAAGUGACAUUGAUGAGGUGGCCCUACAAGGAAUAGAGUUUUGGUCCAAUGUCUGUGACGAAGAAAUGGAUUUGGCCAUAGAGGCUUCAGAGGCAGCAGAACAAGGACGGCCCCCAGAGCACACCAGCAAGUUUUAUGCCAAGGGUGCACUACAGUACCUGGUUCCAAUCCUCACACAGACACUAACUAAGCAGGACGAAAAUGAUGACGACGACGACUGGAACCCCUGCAAAGCCGCAGGGGUGUGCCUCAUGCUCCUGGCCACCUGCUGUGAAGAUGACAUCGUCCCACAUGUCCUCCCCUUCAUUAAGGAACACAUCAAGAACCCUGACUGGCGAUACCGGGACGCAGCAGUGAUGGCGUUCGGCUGUAUCCUAGAAGGCCCAGAGCCCAAUCAACUCAAACCACUAGUUAUACAGGCUAUGCCCACCCUAAUAGAAUUAAUGAAAGAUCCCAGUGUUGUUGUUCGGGAUACAGCUGCAUGGACUGUAGGCAGAAUUUGUGAGCUGCUCCCUGAAGCUGCCAUCAAUGAUGUCUACUUGACUCCCCUGCUGCAGUGUCUGAUUGAAGGCCUCAGUGCUGAACCCAGAGUGGCUUCAAAUGUGUGCUGGGCUUUCUCCAGCCUCUCUGAAGCUGCUUACGAAGCUGCGGAUGUAGCUGAUGAUCAGGAAGAACCAGCUACCUAUUGCCUGUCAUCUUCUUUUGAACUCAUCGUUCAGAAGCUCCUCGAGACCACAGACAGACCAGAUGGACACCAGAACAAUCUAAGAAGUUCUGCAUAUGAAUCUUUGAUGGAAAUUGUAAAAAACAGUGCCAAGGAUUGUUACCCUGCAGUUCAGAAAACUACUCUGGUCAUCAUGGAACGUCUGCAGCAGGUGCUUCAGAUGGAGUCACAUAUCCAGAGUACGUCAGAUAGGAUCCAGUUCAAUGACCUUCAGUCUUUACUGUGUGCGACUCUUCAGAAUGUCCUCCGGAAAGUGCAACAUCAAGAUGCUUUGCAGAUCUCUGAUGUGGUCAUGGCCUCCCUGUUAAGGAUGUUCCAGAGCACAGCUGGAUCUGGGGGAGUGCAAGAGGAUGCCCUAAUGGCAGUCGGCACACUGGUGGAAGUGUUGGGUGGUGAAUUCCUAAAAUACAUGGAGGCCUUUAAGCCCUUCCUAGGCAUUGGAUUGAAAAAUUAUGCUGAGUAUCAGGUGUGUUUGGCAGCUGUCGGCUUAGUGGGAGACUUAUGCCGUGCCCUGCAAUCCAAUAUCUUACCUUUCUGUGAUGAGGUGAUGCAGCUGCUGCUGGAGAAUCUAGGGAAUGAGAAUGUCCACAGGUCUGUGAAGCCCCAGAUUCUGUCAGUAUUUGGUGAUAUUGCUCUUGCAAUUGGUGGAGAGUUUAAAAAAUACCUAGAGGUUGUAUUGAAUACCCUGCAGCAGGCUUCCCAAGCCCAGGUGGACAAGUCAGAUUAUGACAUGGUGGAUUAUCUGAAUGAGCUAAGGGAAGGGUGCUUGGAAGCCUAUACUGGAAUCGUUCAGGGAUUGAAGGGAGACCAGGAGAACGUACACCCGGAUGUGAUGCUGGUACAACCCAGAGUAGAAUUUAUUCUUUCUUUCAUUGACCACAUUGCUGGAGAUGAGGAUCAUACAGAUGGAGUAGUAGCCUGUGCUGCAGGAUUAAUAGGGGACUUAUGUACAGCAUUCGGGAAGGAUGUACUGAAAUUAGUAGAAGCUAGGCCAAUGAUCCAUGAACUGUUAACUGAAGGACGGAGAUCGAAGACUAACAAAGCAAAAACCCUUGCUACAUGGGCAACAAAAGAACUGAGGAAACUGAAGAAUCAAGCUUGAUCCGUUACCAUUGGGAUGAUAACCUGAGACCCCCACUGGAAAUCUCCAAUCUUUUGAAAAACCCGGAAGUGAGGAGUGUGCACGGAUGCUGAAUGUUUGGGAAUGAGAGGAUGAGUGAGUGAGGCUUGAAAAUACACCACAUUGAAAAUCCUGCCACAGCAGCAGCCGCAGCCGCCAACAGCAGCGCUGUUAGUGAGCUAAGUAAGCACUGACUUCGUAGAAUCCAUAACAUCAGCCAUCUCGGAAAAGAGAAACGCAGUGGAUUGACAUGCUAAAAAACAAAGAGCGCUCUCUUCCCAGGAGAGGCUAGAACUAGCUUUUUCUGUCCUUUGGCUGGUGCUGAGUGGAAUGACUGGUUUGGGAAGGAGGAAGGGACGGGGUUCAGCUGUGGUGCUUUGUUGAAAAAGGCAGCCUGGCCUUUGCUACUGAUAGAAAGAUGGGAGCCUGGGUCUCCAGCCCACCUUUGGUGUACCUUUGCCGCACGGUACUGUCUGCGUGCCGUCAAAAGGAGGGGGAGGGCUUCUCUACAGUCUGAGAAUGAGUGUGUGUACGAGUGAGGCGGUAUCCACAUUCUCAACUUCAAGUCAUUUGCAGUUUCUUUUUCCCAGAAAAAAAAGGGGUUAGACGUUGCAUUUCAUAAAACUAACUGAAGUUCUGUCUACUGAUGCAGCACAAGAGAUGUAUAAAAAAAAAAAAAAAGGAAAGACGCUCUUUAGGGUUUGUUUUUUUGUUUUUUGUUUUUUAAUCUUCUAGGGAAAACACUGACGAAUGGCCAGAGCUUCCAUUCUGAUCUUUUCAUCAAGGCGCCUUUCCUAAAAACAUGGUUCAACUGUGAAUGUAGAAGUGGGGGGAGGGGGGAGAAAAAGAAAACUCUGGAGUUAGAGGAUGUAGAAGAAAAAUCAAAUUGUUGCAAAUAAAGAAUGCAGACUUCAAAACAAAAAAGCCACAACCCAAACAUACCAAAAAUUUAAAUGCUCAGAAUUGGCAGCACAAAAGCAAGCAAAGUUCUCUCUUAACCUGUAUUGUGGCAGUCCGAAUGCCCCCAGAAAAUUGUGCCAAAGAGUUUAGGAAACAAUAUACAAUAAAAGUAAAACACACACACACACACACACACAUACACAAACAGCAAACUUCAGGUAACUUUUGGAUUGCAAACGAGGAUAAAUUUAAUGUUCAAAAAAUCUGAUAAAAUAACCAUUUGGAAACUGCUUGGCCUUCUGUUCUCUUUUAUUUGAUUGACUGCAAUGCAUUGGUCUCUUGCUGCACUUCAAAACCGACUAACAACAAAAUAAAAGAAAACAAAUAUAUAAUUAAAGUGCAUAUGUGUGUGUGUAUAUGUAUGUGAAUAUAUAUGCACACACACUAGAACUCUUGUGAUUAAAAUGGCACUUGAUAAAAAUGGUUAUAUUUUUCCACUGAAGUUGAUUAAUAAAAUGGUGUCAAACAUUCCCCUGGUCACACACUUUAAUAUUUUUAAGUGUGAUGUGCCAUGAUUACCACAAAUCAGACUUAAUCAUUUUCCUUUUUACAAGGGAACAGGGCACCCUGAAUUUUGGUUUUAGGAUCUCUCAGCAAUAAGGGAUUUUGGUGAACUUUGAUUUCCCCUUUUGGUUUUGCAGUUACUAGGGAUUUUCACUGGCGUUUUGAACAUACUGCUUCCAAAAAUGAAUUGCUUCCUGGAAUGGGGAGGAAUAUAGAAUGAGACCUGCAAUUUAAAUUCCCACUUUUCCAUCUUACCAAAACACAAGCUUACUUUUUUUUUUUCUUUCCCCUUUCCCCUCCCUGUCUAUGCCUUCCAUUCAUACGUAGGAUUGGCUUGGUUUGGGCCAUCCAUUAUGGCAGCAUCCCUAAAUAGCUCUUGUACAGGGUAUCAGAUAUUGUGCCUUUUGGUGCCAGGUUCAAAGUCAAGUGCCGAUCUAUGAACCAGUGUACAAAAAAAAAAAAAAAAUCCAGGUGUUUGAAGGAGAGACGCUCCAUUGUGAAUAAAUAGCUUGAACCAGCUCCUAAGCCCUAUUAAGAGGCCUGGCCUUCUAAUGCCUUGUUUGAUUUUAGUUAUUUCUUGAGGAUAACAUAUACUAACCAUUCCUGGUAGGUAGGGAUUGGUCAGGGCUUAAGGAAGGGGCAGGAAUAUUGGGGAGGGAAAAAAAAAAUCUAGAUCAUUCUUCAGUGCUACCCAUUUCUGUCCUGUGUGGGCUGCUUAGCUAGACAGCAGGAGAAUAAAGUACACCAAGAACCAUAACGAAAACAAAACCUUCCGUGUGUUUUGUCAUGUUUUGUUCCAGGGAAGCAGUUGACAAGUGCUGUUAUUAAUGCUUUCUCCCGGAUCCAUCUAGCGAUGGAGGGGAGGAAAGUGGGCUGGUUGGAUUGUGUCUUGGUGCCUCGCAGUUAACUCUGCACUGGUUAUGCAUUUAAUCCUCUUUUCUAGUUACCUUGGGCUACUGGGUCUUCCAUAGUCUAGGUAUUCGUCCUUAAUUGAUUGUACCACCUAAGGCAACUGGAUGCAGAAUGCAUUCUGUCCUUUCAUCGUCUGGGCCUUCCCCACCCUAGUCUUGGCACAUUCCUACAAGAAUGUAGUUACCGUCUGCUUGGGAAGAUGUCAGUGCAAAUGUGAAGAAAGUGGGCAUCAGACUAGACUUUGGUUUGCCACAAGUGGCAGCUGCCUGUAUUGAUUUCAACUACAUCUAUUAAUUUGCUUUUCAUUUUUCUCAUCUCCCCUAUGUUGAAAUGUUGAAUAUUGGCUGUCAGAGGCAACUGUAAUAUUGCCUUAGGGACUUGCAGAGAAAGGGGAAUUGCUCAGUGUCGAGUUUUCACUCUUAGAACCAAGUAAUCUAGUCACUAUUUAAAAAGUAUGUUAGUUCAACUUUAAGAAAAAUCCAAAUUCCAUCAGCUUUUGAUAGCAUCUUGGUUUUUGAAACAAUUUCAGUCUGUAAUUGGCAUUCAGAAUGCCCUUGGCAUGCCAGUCUGUGAUGGCAUUAAAGACCUGUUAAAAAACACUUGAGCCCAACUUUAUUAACCAAAACUGAUACCGCCACCUUUAUCUUCUAAAUAAAGUCCGCUUUAUUUUUAUUUUCAA